GUGUUUUGUGCAGAAGAGAAUAAAGUGAGAUAAUUGAUACGGCAAACGGUGCAAUCGCAGGCUAAUUCGAUUGGAUUACGAACAAGAAAAAAAAAUAGCAGAAGAACGGCAAUGAACAAUGACGCAUUAAUUGCAAUUAUCAACGAUUUUGUGGAUUCGUCUGAUGAUCAGAGUGAUUCUGAGAGCGAUGAUGAACUAUUAAUAGAUCCAAAUAAAGUAAUUCGCGGCAAAAGGCCAAGAUUACAUUAUUUAGAUAUCAUUGCUUUGUAUGACGAUCAGGAAUUCAAAUCCAAUUUUCGUCUACGUAGAGAUACCUUCGGCUACAUUUUGGACCAUAUUCGUCCAGAUCUGGAAAAGUGGCAAGACCAUUUUGGCAGAUACCCCAUACCAGCUAGCAAACAGUUCUACAUCGCACUAUGGAUGCUUGCAACUCCGGACUCGUACAG